GGCACCUUUCACGGGGAAACCAUAAGAACCACUUGCAGCCGGUGAAUCACACCGCGUGCCUUCCUUCAAGAGCAGGUCACUUCCACCUUUGAAUUUGAAUUUGCGCAGACAGCCAACUCAACCCAUCAACAUUCAUCGACGCAUCUUCUAACGUCGAGACUGCGAAUACAGACAUCAAUAUGGCGGAGAACGACGAGCGCGCCCUCCAGAGGGUAUCUCUCCAGAGCAACGAUGGUCAAAUCAUCACCGUCGAUCGCGUUGUUGCCGAGCGAUCCCUCCUCAUCAAGAACUUGAUUGAGGAUUUGGGCGACGAGGCCGUUAUGAACGAGGCCAUUCCUCUACCAAACGUCAACGAGCCUGUCCUCCGCAAGGUUGUCGAGUGGUGCGAGCACCACCGCAAGGACCCGCCCCAGACCACUGAGGACGAGAACGACAGCCGCAAGAAGAGCACGGAGAUCGAUGAGUGGGACCAGAAGUUUAUGCAGGUCGACCAGGAGAUGCUCUUUGAGAUCAUUCUUGCUGCCAACUACAUGGACAUCAAGCCCCUUCUUGAUGUUGGUUGCAAGACGGUUGCCAACAUGAUCAAGGGCAAGUCCCCUGACGAGAUUCGGAAGACGUUCAACAUUACGAACGAUUUCACCCCCGAGGAGGAGGAGCAGAUCCGUCGCGAGAACGAGUGGGCGGAGGAUCGUUAACCGAUCAAGACCAGUUUCCCCGUCCAGUCACUUUGCAACGCCGGGACCCCCGUCUGCCAAAGACAGAGGUCGCCCCUGUGCUUCGUCUACCGGGACUUGCACACGUCAGUCGAGUCUGACGGAUAUGCGGAGAUCUGUUAUGUUGGAGAUGGAUACCAAAGAUAUCUCGUGUUACCGACAGCAUCUCAACGCGAACGUGAUACGGUUUGGGCAUUCUUGGGAGGGCCACAAAUGAAGCUCUUCCACUCAGUACGUUCGGUCGUGCUUUUGCGUUGGCAGGCGUUUA